UCCUGAGUCAGAACAGAACAAGGAGACUGUUAUCAGGGAGUCAGAGAACCAGAGGCUAGAACCAGUGGCUAUAGAGCCAUAAGCUAUAGAACCAGAGGCUAUAGAACCAGAGGCUGUAGAACCAGAGGCUACAGAACCAGAGGCUAUAGAACCAGAGGCUAUAGAACCUUAGGCUAAAACCAGAGGCUAUAGAGCCAUAUGCUAUAGAACCAAAGCCUAUAGAACCACAGGCAAUAGAACCAGAGGCGAAAGAACCGGAGGCUAGCUGGGUAAUCAUGUCGUUCCAAGGGGAAAACAGCACUGCUGCAGCUUCGAGUGGAGAAAGAAGUUGCUCCUCUGAAGAUGAAGGAGAUAUUCAGUGUGAGAUUCUGGAAAAGCAGAGGGAUGAGGCCAGUCAGAAGCUGUCGGAGAUGGAGGAAGUAUCCUCUCAGCUGUUGAAGGAGAUGGAUGUUCUAGAGAUGCAGUUCCAGAUUGAACGCUCCUGCAGGGAGAGUGCAGAGGCCCUCGCUGUCAAGGUGACAAAAGAGAACAAGGUUCUGAAGAGGAGGAGCCAAGGUCUGCUGCCACUCCUCCCUAAGCUUCCUGAAUACAUGGCCACCGUGACCUUUGACCUGGAGUCUGACCAGGGGGUCGACCCCAACCCCGAUGGGGACAGCGGUGAGGAGGCUGUGCUGCAAGGACAGGCACAGAUCAGAGAGCUGCAGGCCUCAGUGGAACAGCUGCUGGGGGAGAAGAUGCAGUUGUGUGAGCAGGUCGAUUCACUGAAGAGAGAGCAGAGCCAGCUCGAAGAACAGUUGGCCCUAGAGAUUGGGGAGAAAGAGGCCAUACUGAAGAAACUGUCCAAGCAGAACAAGAACAUGAAUAAGAUGAAGAGAGUAUCCCAUAGUAUCCCAGCUAGUGACAGAGGAGUUCACAGAGAUCCGUCAGAAACUGGACCUGGAACAGGGUCUCAGACAGUGGAACCGACCGAGUGUGCUCUGGAAGAGAGCAGUGUUCUGUCUGAGCUGCAAUGUGUCAGAGGCCAACUGGAGAGCAGUGAGGAGGAGAGGAGGACCAUGGACACCCAGCUCAGGGAGGCUCAGAACACUGUCACCCAGCUUCAGGGGGAAGUGAAACAGCUUGAGGAUAGGCUGAAAGACGCAGAGAAAGACCUGGUUUCAGAGAAGGACAACUCAACCCCUGCACUUCCUCCUCCACUACCUCCUCCUCCUCCUCCACCACCCCUGCCCCCACCGUCCUCCAGUACUGCUGUUGAUCCCUUAGUCGUCCUUCGCAACAAGAGGAAGGAGUCAGCCAACAACAUUGAUAAGAAUAAGCCAGAUCCUACUUUGGACAUGAAGACCCGAGCGGUGGAUGCGAUGAUGGAGAGGAUAAAGAAAGGCAUUGUCCUGAGACCCAGUCAGAGACCACAGGUCGGAUCAGAAGAUGACUGUGCCUGGAGGGACCAGAGGAUUGAGAAGAGAAAGUCAGCCGUGCUGGAGCUGAAAGGAAUGCUGGAUACCAUAAGGCCACAGGAGGGCAUGGCACCAAGGCCACAGGAGGGCAUGGUCACGGAAUAGGUUCAGCCGAAACGUGGGGGAGGCAGAGCUACAGAUGGUGCUACAGAGAAGGAGACGGGCCAUGGCGGAUGGACAGGACACCCUCAGCUCCGCCCCCUCCACUGCCAUAACCCCUACCAAAAUACAAGGCCCCCAGCCGGGCAGUCCAGCAGCAGGAGCACUUCCCUGGGCAGGAGAGAGUGGCAGCACCCCUGCAAAACAGAGAGAAGAGGAACUCCCAUAUCAGAGAAUCAAAACUGAUCAUCUGCCAGGAGAACAUCUGAAAGUUGGGAAAACAGAUGACUAGUUUUGGGAUACUGUACCACAGUGUUUCCCAAACCUCUCCUUGUGUACCCCCAGCUAGUCCACAUAUUUGAUGUAUAUGUGGAACCUUUGCCUUUAAUAAUAAUAGUAACUCAAAUGUGAGAGGCUUGACCUUAAUCUUUGGGUUUUGGAGACCCAAAGGGGUGUGCAUUUCUGUUUUUGCCAUAGCAGCACACUCCUGAUUGAAAUAAUCCAAGCUUGGUGAUGAGUUUAUGACUUGAAACUGCUGUGCAGUGCUAGGGAAAACAAUUACAUUUGGAUCACCAAGACCAGGAUCAGGAAACACUAGGUUAAGGGUAGUAAAGCCAAUGGCAAAGACCUUUCUGUGGCAGUAAGAAUGUACACGGAUAUUCUACUUGUGCUGGAUGUGAGAAAUAACCCAUCCAUGAAUUUCUCUCAAUUCACAUUCAAUGUUGCAACGAGAAAAGCAAAGAGUGAGAAGAAUGUGGUUCUGCAUUGAUGCUCUUAUCGUGGAAUUCUUGGUGCAUUAUUGUCCCGAUGCUCUGAAUACUUGUCUCUUUUUGUGUGGGGGUCACUUCACUCUAAUACCUGCUAUGCUUCAGCUGUGUAAAAAAAACAAUAUACUUCAAAGUGGAAAUAAUACAAUAUUUUAUUCACA